AUGGAUGAAGAUUAUCAUAUCAGCAUGGGUCCCUCAGGUUUUGCUACUGAAGAUACAUGUCAAAUUACAGUGCUGCGCGGCCACGCACGAUUCGUCGUCAAAGUCGACGUCGCGCGAGUGAAGGACACAAUUUUUGGUAGAAAGCUGCUACAAGAGAUGGAGCUUAGGAAAGGGCGUUCGUGGAGCAAGACGAGGGACAAGCCACUUUUCGACCUGGUGCAUCAAUACUGCCAAUCUCUUCUUGAGAGCUUGGCUCCGCGGACGUCACUCCAGGACCUUAGCAUUGAAGCCUUUCUCCACUCGCCUACUUAUGAUCUAGAGCUCAUCCAAGGAGACAGUGACGAGGAUGUACGGAUCGUGGGAGAAGACCAGUGCGCGUACACGCCAGCUUUCUUCACCUCCCCUAUGCGCACCGCCGACUUGCCUGGACCAUGCAAAACACUACGUCACUUCGAGGCGCGCAACGUUUGGAUAGCGCGCACAGCAAAUGAGGGGAAGAAUCUCGAUGCGAUUCAGGGCCGAGUAGUAACGGCAGAGGGUGUCCCGCUUUACUUCAAACCGCGAAUGGAGCUGCGUGAGGCAGAAUUCGAGCGUGAGCUCCGUGUACUCAGACGCAUUGACGAAGCCCGUCUGACAGCUCGGCUCAGAGUGCCUAGACUGCAGGGUGUGGUGGUGUCGGGCGAGGCUACCAUCGGCAUGUUGAUGACACUGAUCACUUCAUCCAGCAUGGGGACCCACUUGCGAAGUGCUGGCCUUCAGGACAGACAAGAGUCGCAUAAACAGUGGGAAGAACAACUCACAGCCAUCGUGCGGGAGCUCCACGCUCACGGCCUUGUGUGGGGCGAUGUCCACCCGAUGAAUAUUGUCGUUGACGAGGAGAUGAACGCUUGGGCCAUUGAUUUCGGUGGGAUGAACAAUGUGGAGUUCGUGGAUGACGAGAAGCGCGAGACCAUCGAGGGUGACUGGCAGGGCCUCAGGAGAGUGUUUCAGGAGUGGCUUCCAGACGCAAAGAGACGGAGCCAGUGGUAG